UGUUGUACAUGGUGGGGUGGACUAUUUUGGUCUUUUCUUCUUUCUCUUUCUCUUUCUCUUUCUUGUCUUCUUGUCCUCUUUUCUUUUUCUUCCCUUCUUUCUUGCACAUACAAUAUCAUCCCCGAUCAUUGUACUACUUCUCAACCAUGGGUCUGUCUCUGCAGAGCCUGGGGUUGUCCCUGUUGAUUCUGGUUGCUUUCUCCGGUCAGGCAUAUGCAUUUGGCGCUGGUAAUAUCGCUUCUCUUUCCCGCCUCGAAGGUCAAAACUGGCGUCAUGGAGACAUCGAGGAUGCCCUUCUGGCUCUCUAUAUGGCAAGAGUCGCCGGUGGUAAGAAAUUCGGCAAGCUGGACGUGAAGCGCGUCUACUUCGGUAAUUGGUUACGUGAUUACAGCCAAGCAGUCGAUGUGGGCACCGUCAAGUAUGUUAGUGCCGAAGCUAUCCGUAUCCUGCUCUGGGUGCUAGGCUUCAUGAGCUUUGGAUACGGAACCAAGGAGUUUGAGGUCACGACGGAACGCCUGGGAUGUUACCAACCCACGGAACAUAUCGAUAACCCCUUGGGAUACGCCACGGGCGAGGAUGCGCGUGACUACGAUCGUCGACUGCGUGGCCCCGUCGACGAAGAGCGAGAGCUUUCGGUAGACCCCCGCACCGGCUUGAAACAUUACAUCGCAACGGAGGACGUAGGUAUCGACACCUCGGCUGCGUUGAUUCGCCGUGUACUCGGUCGCUCAAUUCAGAUGGGUCGUCGUUAUGGCCAAUCCAGGAACAAGGACGACCUAUAUGAAGCUCUACGAUUGUUGGGCACUGGAUUGCACUGCCUGGAAGAUUACGCUGCCCACUCUAACUACACUGAGCUCAGUCUGAUUGAACUGGGAGAGACAGAGGUCUUCCCUCACGUCGGACGAGACACCAAACUGCAGGUGAACGGUGUCGAUAACGAAGUCUAUCCAAUCGUGACUGGUACCUUUGGUGGAGUUGAUUUCUUCCAUUCCGUACUGGGAGAGUUGUCCGAUAAAACAAUGCAGUCUGAAAUUGAAUCCUUGGAGAAUGUUGUCGCCCAAUCGGAGAACCAGGAUUCCUCCGAGAGUUUCUUGCAGACUCUCCUAAGCAAGAUUCCCGAUGGUCUGCUUGGUGACAGCAGCGACCAGACUGGCCAGAUGGAUGACUUCAAGUCAAAGGCAGAUGAUGCCAAGCAUGACAGCGAAAACGUCAAUCCGCGUGAACCUGAAGAGUGGACACUCUACCUGGACAAUGUUCAGAAGCAGAUCUACCCGGUCCUCGAGUGGCAUGACAACCUGUUGAAACGAAUCAAUGAGGCCAUCGAAAAGAUCCCAGUCUUGCCCGAGCUGAUCGAGCAAAUUCAGGAUCAAAUCACCAUUUUUGUCUUCUCUAUUUUGGCUCCUUAUGUUCUUCCCAUUAUCAAGCAGGUUAAGUCCGAGCUCGAAACUGGUUCAUCCGAAGUGAUUCAGAGCAGCCGGGAGCAACAACACAUUGUGUUCAACGAUGAUGACUGCUCAAACCCUACCCACUCAAUGCUCUCAAAAGACCACUUCUCAAACAUUUUGAAUGAGCCCGCUGGUCGUAUUGCGUCAGCUGUUGUCAAAUGGUCAGUUCCUCAGCUUAUGUCAUGCUGGGACGAUGAGAAUGCCGAUAUCGACCGGACUCUCGACAGAAUCAUUUCGGGUGUUUUCCAUCACCCCGCUCUUCGUGAGUCUGGACGUGACGGAGCUGCCGAUAUGCGUCAAAUCAUGUUCUCCACGGUCGAGAAGUGGUGGAGCGAGAAGGAUGACGAGGAACGGGAUAUCCUCCGCGAGCAGCUGAGCCGCGAUGGUGUCCUUGAAGGCAGGAACCAUAAGGAUGGCGUGCAAGAUUGCGGGCACGGUUGUGGCAAGCCGCUCGCUCUUCCCAAGCCUCACGGCAGCUCUGGUGAAGGCCAAGGGUCCGGUGGCUCCGGUGGCUCUGGUAUUGAGAACCUAGCCUCGGAGGCCGUAGGAGGAGGCGCAUUCGGCGGUAUACUCGGUGGACUCGUAGGAGGGAUGGGCUCUAUGCUUCUCAACAACAGCGGUUCGAAGCCUGAUAGGGAGAGCCCAGAGCCUCAGAACUAUGACAGUGGGAAUUCUUACCAGAGUCGACCCCAACAUGAGAGCCACGAACAAUAUGGAGGGAACUCGUUUGGUCAAAUGCAGCCCCCUCACCAGAGUGGAUAUGGACAACCAAGCGAGCCAGGCUACGGAGGCUACGGUCAGCCCCCGGUUCAUCGCGAAGAAUACCGUCCUCGUCCCGACGGAUACGAAUAUCAGAGCGAAACUGUCUAUCAACAGCCACCUGCGCGCCGCGAUGAGUACUCUAGCUACGCACCUCCAGCGGAGAACUUCCGCCGCGAGGAGCACUACCAAUACCAGUCGGAAAGCCAGGGAUACUAUCAGGAGCAGACACGGGAGACCUACCAAAGUGGCCACUCCGAAUAUCAGCGUACAGAGACACACUAUGGACACGGAGGCCCGCCUCCCCGUGAGGAAUAUGGGCAGGAGUUCUCUGGAUAUGGUAGACCGCAGCCUGGCUACAAUGAUUUUGAGAAUUCUGGCUAUAGGCCCCAGGAAGGAUAUGGUCAGCGAGAGGGCGGCGAUGGAUACCGCGCCGAGCGACAAUAUGAGCGACAAUAUGAGGGCGAGGAGCGCCCCAGGUACCGUUCGGGCUCUCGCAGUGGGGGUAGCGAUGAGGAACGUUCUCACCGACACCACCGACACCACCAUCAUCACCAUGAACGGUCUGGUUCAGAUUCGGAUUAG